AUGAGCCUUCCACCUCUGGGCGGAGGCAGCGGGGCCCAGACGCAGGCUUCUCUGCCUGCGUUGCCCGCUCACCUCCAGUCCGAUACCCAGUUGACGGCUCACCUGGCCAGCCGAUUCCAUGCUGGCUCCCCGACUGCCCGUCUCUCCUCCCACGCCCUCGUGUCCAUCAACAACUAUUCCUCUUCCGCCAAGGGCAUUGAUGGAGGUCGAGAGGGUAGCGCCAUGGCCGGCGCUGAGGAAAUGGCUGAUCGCGCGUGGCUCAGGUUGGGACACCGCUCCGAAAACCAAGCCGUUGGGCGAAUCUGGCUCGGGCAAAUCCACCCUUCGAAGCCACUUGUUGACCUCGCUGCUCAACAAGACUUCCACCCUCUGUCCACCAAGCUCUCUCUUGCCGCCUACGUUUUCGACACCCUCACCACCACCAAGACCUCCACCACCCCAACCGCCUCCAAGGCUGGUCUGUUCUACGAGCUCCAGUACGACACGGCCACCUCUACCAACCCAAUCCUCCUCGGUGGUAAGCUUCUCGACCAUCGCCUCGAGCGCAGCCGAAUUGCCGACGUUCCCACUGGCGAGAGAAACUUCCACGUGCUCUACUAUCUUCUCGCGGGGACCACCGCUGCCGAAAAGGCCCAUCUCGGUUUUGACACCCAUGGCAACACCCAGAAGCGAUGGAGGUAUCUCGGCCAUCCCACCCAGCUCAAGGUUGGCAUCAACGAUGCCGAAGGCUUCACUCUCUUCAAGAACGCUCUCCGGAAGCUCGAGUUCCCUCGCAGCGAGAUCGCAGAAAUGUGCCAGGUUCUUGCCAGUAUCCUCCACAUUGGUCAGCUCGAAUUUGAAACUACCUCCGAUACCACCGUGACGGGUGAUGACAGUGGCGGUUUCUCCCACGAAGGUGGCCAGACCAUCACGGCUGUCAAGAACAAGGACACCCUCAACCUCAUUGCAGCCUUCCUCGGCGUAAGUGCCGGGGAUCUGCAGACCACCCUCGGCUACAAGACCAAGAUGAUCCACAAGGAGAGGGUCACGGUCAUGCUUGACCCUGAGGGUGCUCGGUCGCACGCCGGCGAGCUUGCGAGGACCUUGUAUUCGCUUUUCGUCGCCUAUGUGGUGGAGAGCAUGAACCAGAAGCUUUGCGCUCCCGAGGAGUCGAUUGCCAACACGGUGUCCAUCAUCGAUUUCCCCGGCUUCUCCCAGCAGGCCCAUACCAAGUCCACUCUUGAUCAGCUCCUGAGCAACGCCGCCUGCGAAGCCCUCUACAACCUUACCCUGCAGAACUUCUUUGAUCGCAAGGCUGACAUGCUUGAGUCGGAAGAGGUUGCCGUCUCGGCCACCAGCUACUUUGACAACUCGGACGCAGUCAAGGGCCUGCUCAAGUCUGGCAACGGUCUCUUGAGCAUUCUUGAUGACCAGACCCGCCGUGGUCAACCCUCCAUCAACGUCGGCGCGGCCACUGCCAAGCUCCCCGGCAGCAACUUUGCCACCGAAAACACCGCUGCCACCUUCACCGUGAAGCAUUUUGCCGGAGAGGUAGACUACCCCGUCAAGGGCCUCAUCGAGGAGAACAGCGAGGUCAUCUCUGGCGAUCUUCUCAGCAUGUUUGGCCGCACCAAGAAUGACUUCGUGGCCCGUCUCUUUGGCCAAGAAGCGCUCCAGACCGUGCACCACCCCAAGGAAAAGACGACGGUGAUGCAGGCCACCAUCAGCUCCAAGCCUAUGCGCGCGCCCAGCGUCAUGUCGAGGAAGACGACGAGGAGCGCUCGCCCCAGCCGCUUCGAGCGCCGCCAACAGCAGGAGGAGCUAGAUGCCCUCAGCGAGGCGGGCGAAUCGCGAAAGGGAUCCAAGCUCCAAAUCACCCACGGCGCCUCGGGCCAAUUCCUCUCUUCGCUCGAGAACGUCACCAAGGCUGUUGCUGACCCCACCACCAACGCCUACUUCGUCUUCUGCCUCAAGCCCAAUGACAGGCGGAUCUCGAACCAGUUUGACAGCAAGUGUGUACGCACGCAGGUCCAGACCUUUGGUAUUGCCGAAAUCAGCCAGCGACUUCGCGACACCAUGCUCAUUGGCACGGAGAGGGAGCGGGUCGAACUCGUCGUCGAGGAGAAGAGGUGGCCCAGCAAUGAGGUCAAGGUUGGCUCCACCGGUGUCUUCCUAAGCGAGCGAUGCUGGAUGGAAAUCUCCCAGCUUGGCGACACGUAUUCUGCUUCGGGCGGCUUCGGCCCCUCCGAGGCAGGCGAUGGCAUUACUCCCGGGGACCAGGUAUCGUACGCUGCCUCCAAAGAGCGUCUCUUGUCGACGGGUACUCCCACCCCCAUGGGCUACGGCGAGAAGGGCAAGAGUGGGUACUUUGGAAACGACGAUACCCGCUCCGAGGCGGGCGUCUCUGCCUAUGGUGGCGGUGACAUGUUCAAGAACAUGGACACCGUCGAACAAAUGGCGGAGCGCAGCAACGAAAAGGACAUGGUCGAGGUCGAGGAGUAUCGCGACAGCCCUGGGCGCAAGCGAUGGGUCUUCCUCGUCUACUUCCUCACCUGGCCUAUUCCCGACUUCCUCAUCAAGUGGCUGGGUAAAAUGCCUCGCAAGGAUCUCAUUUGCCCCAAGCAGCACGUCUACAGCCCUGCAGAGCUUUCGUCGUUCAACGGCAAGAAGGGCUCCGACGGCGCCUACGUCUCCAUUCGAGGCUACGUCUUUGAUCUUGAGGAAUACGCGUCGCACCACUACCCUCCGCCCCCAGUCGUUGACCGUAAGACACUGCUCAACUAUGCUGGUCUUGACAUUAGCAACCUCUUCCCCAUCCAGGUCUCGGCGCUUUGCCAAGGCAAGGACGGCACCGUCGAUGAACACGUCACCCUCGACUACAAGUCUACCAACAUCUCUGGCUCUCCUCUUCUCAUCGACUCGCGGGACUUCAACGCGCAGUAUCACGACUUCCGCGCCUUCAGCGAAGGUGGAGAUAGCCGCCCUGACUGGUACUAUGAGCAGAUGACGAUGCUCCGGGAGAAGCUCUCGGGUCUCGAAUCGGGCAAGCGAAACAUUGCCAUUAUUGGUAGCCGCGUCUACGACUUGACCGAGUACCUCAAGGGAGGCCGUAGGCUCGUCGCUUUCCCCGACGAGGAGGACCCGCCGACCGAUCUCGAGCUGACCAACUUCAUGGAGCCCGACCUUACCAGACUGUUUGAAGUCCGCUCCGGCGAAGACCUCACGGAGCUCUGGGAGAACCUGGCUUUGAGCGCCGCCGCCAAGAAGCGCAUGAUGGCCUGCCUGAACAACCUGUUCUUCGUUGGUGACGUGGAUACCCGUCGCUCGACGCGCUGUCUCUUUGCGGAAUACCUCGUCCUCGCUGUCUCCAUUCUCCUCGCGUCCGUCAUCUGCUUCAAGUUCUUCGCCGCUCUCCAGUUUGGCACCAAGAACGUUCCCGAGAACAUUGACAAGUUUGUCAUGUGCCAGAUCCCUGCCUACACGGAAGACGAGGACUCUCUGCGCCGUGCCAUUGACUCGGCUGCUCGCAUGAAGUACGACGAUAAGCGCAAACUCUUGGUGAUUGUCUGCGACGGCAUGAUUAUCGGUCAGGGCAACGAUCGUCCCACCCCGCGCAUCGUACUCGAUAUUCUCGGCGUGUCCGAGUCGGUGGACCCCGAAGCCCUCAGCUUCGAAUCCCUUGGUGAGGGUCUCAAGCAGCACAACAUGGGCAAGGUCUACUCGGGUCUCUACGAGGUGCAGGGCCACAUCGUCCCCUUCUUGGUCAUUGUCAAGGUUGGCAAGCCUUCUGAGGUGGCCCGUCCUGGUAACCGUGGCAAGCGUGACUCGCAGAUGAUUAUCAUGCGCUUCCUCAACCGUGUUCACUACAACCUUCCCAUGAGCCCUCUGGAGCUUGAAAUGUACCACCAGAUCCGCAACAUCAUUGGUGUCAACCCGACGUUCUACGAGUUCAUGCUCCAGAUCGAUGCCGAUACCGUGGUUGCCGCCGAUUCCGCCACUCGCAUGGUGUCUGCGUUCUUGCACGAUACCCGCCUCAUUGCCGUGUGCGGUGAGACGGCGCUGACCAACGCCAAGUCGUCGUUCAUCACCAUGAUUCAGGUCUACGAAUACUACAUCUCGCACAAUCUGUCCAAGGCCUUUGAGAGCUUGUUCGGAUCCGUCACCUGUCUUCCCGGUUGUUUCUCCAUGUACCGCAUCCGGGCCGCGGAGACGGGCAAGCCGCUCUUUGUCAGCCGCGAGGUCGUGGAGGCUUACUCGACCAUUCGCGUCGACACGCUGCACAUGAAGAACCUGCUCCACCUUGGUGAGGAUCGUUAUCUGACGACGCUGCUCCUCAAGUUCCACAGCAAGUACAAGACCAAGUACAUCUUUGAGGCGCACGCCUGGACCAUUGCCCCCGACUCGUGGCAGGUGUUCCUUUCGCAGCGUCGACGAUGGAUCAACUCUACCGUGCACAACCUCAUGGAACUCAUCCCGAUGAACCAGCUUUGCGGUUUCUGCUGCUUCUCUAUGCGCUUCAUUGUGUUUGUCGAUCUGCUCAGUACCAUUGUGCAGCCCGUCACGGUUGCUUACAUUGCCUACCUCAUUUACAUGGUCGCGGACAAGAAGACGGUUGUGCCCGUCACUGCUUUCGUGCUGCUGGCUGCCAUUUACGGUCUUCAGGCCAUCAUUUUCAUUCUCAGGCGCAAGUGGGAAAUGAUUGGUUGGAUGAUUCUUUACGUGCUCGCCAUCCCCGUCUUCUCGUUUGGUCUUCCUCUCUACUCGUUCUGGCACAUGGACGACUUCAACUGGGGUAACACGCGUGUGGUUGCCGGUGAGAAAGGCAAGAAGGUGGUCAUUAGCGACGAGGGCAAGUUUGACCCGUCCUCGAUCCCCGCAAGCGAUGGGAGGAGUACCAGGCGGAGCUCUGGGAGCUACGCCACCAAGGCCAACCAGGCCAUGUCGGAGUAUGGCUACCCCAACUCGCGGCCCGGCUCGACGCUGGGUGUCUACCCACCGAUGCCCGGUCUCCCCGUCUCGAGGCUCUCGUACGCGGGCUCGGACGUCAUGGGCAACAGGCAGAGCACCUUUGGCGGCUCUCAAUUCUUCACGCCCGAAGACAUGGUUGGCCUGCCUAGCGAUGACGAGAUAUUAGCCGAGAUCCGCGAAAUCCUGAGGACGGCGGAUCUGAUGACGGUGACGAAGAAGGGCGUCAAGCAGGAACUUGAGAAGAGGUUUGGCGUUCCUCUCGACGCCAAGAAGGCCUACAUUAACAGCGCCACCGAAGCCAUUCUUUCCGGACAACUCUAG